UGAAGUGUUUGAUCAAUUUUGUCACCCCGGUAGCUCCUGCUUAUAUCGUCGUGACUGCGCGUUUGGGUAGCUGUUUGCUGAGCACUUCAUUCCUUCCUCGUCUGGUGCACUGUCAAUCUACCUCUGCGUUCCGCGUCUGUCCAGUUCCCAAACCAAGCACACAUCGCUCAACAGCCACGUCUCAUCCAACAGUUGUAUCUCACUCGACGGUUAUCGCUCUGUCAUCAUCAUGGCUAGCCUUCGUUCUGAGCUUCCUCCACACCCUCUUUAUCAUUCAUGGCCGUAUGCAAACCAUCAUGGAGACUUGCCCAUUCUCGAUUGUCCCAUGUGGGACGAAAUCCAGAGAAGUCCAAUUGAUCUCGGCAUGCCGUUAUGGGAGGUUGCGACGGUCAUGAUUACCGUUCUUGAUCCUAGGACAAGGGAACGUAGGCUUAUGGUAGUGCAUUCUAGCCUGCUGCAGCGUACCUCGACCUACUUUCAGUUGCGUCUUAAAGAUUCAAAAUACGUAAUCGAAGAGGACCAUGAAGUGACAGGGGACUACAUCAAUUGGCUCUACACCGGAAAGACUCCAUUCUCGAAAGAAACGGAUGACGCCUCGCUCAAUCGUUUUUUCAGACACUGCUACCGCGUUUGCUUUUUCUGCAACAAAUAUGCAAUUCCGAGAUUCAAGGACGCCAUCAUGAAUACGCUCGUGGACCUGGUUUACGUUCAUUGGCACAUACCACUCCUGACGGAUGUUAUAUUCGUCUACAACAACACACACAAGGGAGACGUACUGAGGAGCUUCAUGUGCGACGCGCUUAUCGAAACGAACGCGAAUUUUGAAGGUCUCUGUGACGUUGAUAACCAUCGCGAGUUAGUUAAAGGUUGCCCGGACUUCCUGUAUGACCUGACAGUUCGUUACGCCCCAAAACUUUAUAGGUUGCAAAACGGGCAAAUUCCAAGCAACUGUGGCGAGGAGUGGCUUAAAGCUGUUUGGAGGGUCAGAGACAAAUGCCUCUAUCACUGCCAUCAGAAGCCUAUGGAUAAUGCAAUCCAUCGGAUGCCGAUGAGCUGGCGACCGCCCAAUUCUACUUCUCUGAUUAUGGAAGACGAGGUUGGACAUACUAUCCAGUCACCAACGACACCAAUAAACCGCAGGAACAGUAGCUUUUCAUGAGAGGACCUCUACAAGACCGGUGCGGCGUCUUAUAUUUUUGCAUUCAGUCUUCGUUAAUGGUUAGAAUUCAACAGCGCAGUUUUUCCCAUUACAC